AUGAAGGACUUCACGAUCAAUACAACAGCCAAGGUCAACGGCCCUACGUUCAUGGUUGUUGUCUGGGGAGCAACACUCCUCUCAUUUAUCUUCAUCGCCGCACGUAUUCUUGCCCGCAUCCUCACAUUCCGCCGCCUCUGGACCGAUGAUGUGUUAGCGAUGUUGGCAUGGCUAUUCGUCCUUGCUCAAGCCAUCAUCUGGCAUACACAGGUUGAAUCAUUAUAUGUCCAACACCAAUUGAUCACAAAGGAGUUUCUUCCGACGGAAGAAAUCAUGGAAGAGAUUCGCUGGGUCCUACGUGCUCAAUUACUCGGGCUUUUCUUCUUCAUGUUCUCUCUGUGGCUGCUCAAAGCUUCGUUCUUGGUCUUUUUCCGUCGAAUAGGUUGCUAUCUGCAACCUUUGAACACUUGGUAUUGGUGUGUUGUGAUACUGGUGACUACAAGCUGUGCAGCCUGUUUGGGAGAUAUUGACUAUAAGUGCUUGACGAAGGAUCCAACAUGGGGAUAUGAGCAUUGUACCCCGUUUUCAGCGGUCAAAGUCCAGUUCCGCGGGUUCCUUGUCAACGCAUUAUUGGACAUCUUCAGUGAUGUACUCAUAACCACACUUCCAAUCGCUUUACUUUGGAAUGUGCGCAUGCCUUUAUCUCGGAAGCUCAAGUUAAUGGGCCUCUUCUCCUUGACCGUGGUGGUGGCGAUCUUUGCAGUUGUCCGCAUCGCGGCUGUGGCUCAGCCACACCAUUAUUUUGACGCUACUUGGCUGUGGAUGUGGAGUUUGAUUGAAUGUGCUGCUGAUCCCGCCCCCCUGACAACAGAUCACCGCCCAUUUUUUUUUAUCUCCGGCCAUUUUUCUGCCCGCCCGGAAAGUCUUGGCAGCCCAACCAGUUCUGGCCUGUUCGUUGGCUCAGUGGCUGACGUUCUCUGGAUGCUUCCUCCCAUCUCCCUCUACCACCUAUUCCUCCUACUUCUAUUUGUUUCCUUUCGUCUCGUCUCUUCCUGUCUCUCGUUCAUCCAUCUAGCUGUGGCCUUGGCUCACAGGCCCGCCACGGUCAUGUUUCAGCGCCUCCGCGAGGCGAUCGACUCUCGAAUCGCAGAGGAACAGGCUCGCCAAAAGUCCGCCCAGGAUUCCUUGUCCCGAUCCAACUCCGCUCGCCAGCCCUCCGGCCGCAACCUGUCCCCUAGCCGACGACAGUCCCGUCCGCGACGAAACACCGGAACCCCUGUUCGCGGCCCCGAUCCGAAUGAAUUCGAGCAGCCCGAGUUCACCAUCGGCGAUGACGAAGGGUCCAGCAGAUCCGCGACUCCCCAGCAGGAUCCUCCCAGCAAUUCGAUGGGCUCGCCGGAGCAAAAUGCCGGGGAGGAGAAGUCUACUGCGGAGGAGUCGCCAAAUGGGAAGGAUGCCGCUCCUGCCGGGGAGACCAAGCAGUCACCCUCUGAGCUCCCCGCGGAGGUAAAGGUGAAAUUGCGGAAGUUGAGCAAGAUGGAAACUCGUUAUCAAGAACUUCUGAAGGCAUACCGGAUGGCCCAUACGCGCGUCCUCUCCAUCGAACCAUUCGAGGCCGCUCUUCGCGAAAAUACCCCUCUCACGUCGAUCGGCGACCCCAAGGCCCUCACAGAAUAUCUAAAUCAGAUCUCGUUGAAGGGGGAUAUGGUGGUGGAAGAACUGAAGCGCAUCUCGGGUGAGCGGGACGAUUACAAGAAGAAAUUCGAGGAAGCACAACAGGCCACGAAAGCUGCUUACGACGAAGUCGCCAAUCUGAAGAAGAAUGGAAACAAGAGCGAGGAGGGCUCUUCUUCCAAAGAGGGCGACGGCUUGAGUGUUGACACCGCCGCCGCAAAUGCGCCCUCGCCUGAUAUCACCGUGCAAUCUGCGACUCCCACCUCCGCGUCUCGCCUUGCUCAAAUAUUCUCUCCGAAGCAGAACUCUGCGAAGCAGGCCGAGAAGCCAGAGCCUCAGCAAGAAAGCGAAGAGUUCUUUUCGUUCGACGGCGAGAUCCCGCGAUUGGAGACCGAAUUGAAAGAAAAGCAAGAGGAAAUUGAAACCCUCAAAACUCAAACCGAGAAGCUGCAGCGCGACCUCUCCGUGGCACGUGAGUCGACGGAGGGCAUGGUCCAGAAUCUAGAGACCGCAACCCGGGAACUCAGUGAACUGCGAGACACGAAGGAUAAACAAGACUCGGAAAUUGAGAAGCUGAAGGCUUCCAAGCAAGAAGGAAUUGACGAGCUCAAGUCCAGACUCGUGGCAUCGGAAGAAUCUCUGACGAAGGCCACCGCUGAAGUCGAGAAGCUGAAGGAUGAAUUGAAACAGAAGGCGACCGAAAUUGAGCAGCUCCAGGCUCAAGUUGCACAGUCCGAGAAGGAUAACGAGCAGCCGGAGAUUGAGUCGUUACUUGAGGAACUAAAGAAGGAGAAGGAGACUACCAAAAAUAAAUUAGGCGUCUUGCAGAACUUGGUGGAUAGCCUUCGCUCCCAGCUCAAGACUACGGAAGAAACGGUAUCGAGCCAGAUGGCGGUCAUUGAACAGAAGAACAAGAACGCCAAAUCGCAGGCUAUCGUUGAUUUCUUCGACGGCAGUGUGCAAGACAACCCACAAUGGCAACAGUCCAAAGCACAGAUUCUAAGCGGCGAAAAGACCAAUUUUGAUGAGUUACGUGAGAUUUUGAUGCCUCUUCAAAAAGAAGAGCCAGUGAAAAGUCAGGCUUCGGAGCCGAACCCUCCACCAACCAAUUCCACGGCCAAUUCCACGACAGGCACGGGAGGAGGCAAGAAGAAGAAUAAAAAGAAGAAGAAGGGCGGCAAGGGUGGUGAAGAUACGAGUAAAGCAGAGCCCAGUCCUGCGGUCGAGGAUAAACAGCCGCCCUCUGCAGAACCUGAUCAGAUUGCCGCGAAGCUGGAUGAACUCCAGGGCAAGAUCGAGUCGCUGACAAAUCAGCUGGAGGAGAAGGAGGCCGCCAUUGACCGUCUCAGCGCAAAACUCAAGGGCGAAGAUGAUUUGAAGGAGGAAAUCGAGUCUCUCCGUGAUGAUUUGCUCAAUAUCGGCCAGGAACAUGUCGAAGCGAAGGACAAGUUCAAGGUGCUUUCUGCGGAGAAGAACGCCUUGAUAGAGACUAUCUCCAAACUCGAAAAGGAGAUCACUGAUCUGCGCACGAGCAAUGCGUCCCAGAGCGCAGACUCCGAAAAGGCACAUAGUAGCCUGAAGGAGGAGUAUGAAAGCCUCAAGGUUAAAUUUACGACAAUUGAAACCGAGCUCUCCGCUGCGCAGCAGCUGGCCACCACUCGGUUCAAGGACCUUACAGAUCUGCGGGAAACCGUGCAAAAGCUGCAACCCGAACUGAAGAACCUGCGGGCUGAAUCCGCAGAACUCAAGUCUACGAAAGAAACCUUGACGAGUAAAACCACCGAGUUGCGAAACCUAGAACAUAAGCAAGAGGACCUGCGAGCCGAACUCAAGACUCUCAAGUCAACCGUGUCAGAGCGCGAUACUGAAGUCAAGACGCUCAACCAAAAGAUUCGACAGGAGACGGACAAUCGCUUGAAGGCUGAAGAGAGACUGACCCUUGCGCAAUCUGACCUGCGAUACUCGGAGAGCAAGAAGCAAGAAGCCGUGGAAACGAAGGAACGGUUUGCUUCUGACCUCUCAAGAGCUCAGGAAGAACUGAAGUCAGCCAAGAACGAGAUCAGAGAAGUGGAAAACCAGGUCAACAAGCUGAACCAAGAGUUGGGGAGUCUGCGGGAAGAAAUCCACCUUAAGACUGCUCAACAUGCCAGUGCACAGAGCUUGAUGAACAGCAUGCGCGAUCAAAGUGCUGAGAUCGGAAUGCAGAUGAAGGAAGCGAAAGAACGCUGCGAGAGUCUGGAAGAAGAAUUGGCGGACGCUCAUCGUCUACUGAACGAACGUACUCGAGAGGGAGAAACGAUGCGCCGUCUCUUAAAUGACAUUGAAGGCCGUACAGAAUCCAAGGUACGCGAUUUUAAGGAGCGAAUGGAGGCUGCCAUUGAAGAGCGAGACCGGGCCGAAGAUGAGGCGAGCUCUCAGGGACGUCGCCGAGCUCGGGAGCUCGAGGAACUGAAGAGCAAGGUUCGCGAGGCGGAGAAGGCUCUCCGGAGUGCCGAAGAGGACAAGGAAGAAUUGGAGCGAUCUCAGAAAGAUUGGAAGCGCAGACGUGACCAACUCGAGGCGCAGUCCGAAACGUCUGGAAGGGAACUCAAUGAUGUGAGACAGGCAAUGGCACAGCUCCGCGACACCCUCGAUGAAAGCGAAAAGCAGGUCCGUGAGUUGGAGAAGGAAAGGGCGGAGUAUCGCAGAUCUGUUGAGGAGGCCAACGCCCGCUUGGAAAAGAUGCGCAAAUCCAACAGGAUUCUAUCGGAUGAGGCGCGCAUGGUACAACCUCAGUCAUCGCGAUCAUCUAUUGAUUCCGGUUCUAGGAAAGCGCUCACCUCCCCAGUCACCAAAGAUCGAAGCCCAUCGACCCGGAGAAGCGAGUCGUCCGGCGCAAACGUCGACUACAUCUACCUCAAAAACGUGCUACUUCAGUUCUUGGAACAGAAGGAUAGAAACUACCAGAAGCAGCUCAUCCCAGUGUUGGGGAUGCUGCUGCAUUUUGAUCGAACGGAUGAGCAGAAAUGGAUGUCCGCUAUUAUGUCGAAAUAG